GCUAGUUAGCGUUGUCUCACUCUGAGACGGUGGCUACUUAACGUUAAUAGCUCGCGAUUUGAAGUUUUUACAUUAUCGUUAGUAGUCUAUUUUUCCGGUAAAAGAAUAUGCUUAUUAUUCAUAAUUUCUCAAAAAUGUAUUAUCUAAUCAUUCAGUCGAAUACGCUGUGCUACAGCCAUUGAAUCUGUCUUUGAGCGUUAAGGGACGUUCAUGGCUAGCUCGGUCCACGACGUUAUGUUGUUAUAUUUUUCAAUCUUAAAAUACAAGGGCAAAUGGUAUUAAUCAGUGACGAUUUGCCUUGAGAUAUAGUACUUUGUAGGCAGUCAUACAAUAGUGCGGGUCGAUCAAGAAAGUAUAAUGCUCCGAUAAACUUGUGUUGGUGUGUAUUCUACGAUGAGGUAACGCUCAAAUCAGGUAAAUCUUCCUCUGAUCUAGGUCUCACCGACCAAAUGUUCUAGUCGAACCCACUCUUCAAAAUAUUUGCUUUCAUUCUUUUAAGCGCAAAAAGCAACGUGGAUGUUCGCCCCAAUUCAUUUUGUAUAUUUUCUAACUGGUUAACUGCUCCAGGCUGAUGGGUGGGUUUAUUAAUUCUGCACAGGUUGAAUAGCAGCAUAUCACUAGCCAUAUACAAGCCAUAUAAGCAAUACUAUAUGCUUUAACGACCUAUAGUUUCUAUCAAUGAUUUAGAAUGGGACUCCAAUAGAUAUCUUGACAUUGAACAGUCAACCCUGUGCAGACUGCGCCGAGGAAACAGAAUCAAUAGAUUAUCUUUUUUGGUACUGGCUUGCUUUUGAAGACGGGCAAGUGAUAUUGUCUGUGUUCAGAUGGACCUACAAACAAUAGGCCUACUGUUAGGGGAUCUGAAAAACCAAGAUCAACCAAUGGGAAAUAUGAUUAUACUCUUCGGUAAAGUAUUUAUUUUUAGGGCAAUCUAGGUUGAAACGGUACAAAUACAGAGGUUCAAGAACCUCGUUAGACACCACAGUAAAAUAGAAGGAUGUAUUGUCAAAGGAAACAGUAAAAUGGUAAUGUACUGGGAAAGAUGGGUUAGUUUGUGGAUGAUGGGUUAGUUUGUUAGUUUCUGAGGGUUGGAAUUAAGAUUGCCGUGUACUGUAUGUGAGCGAAAAUAACAGUAAGUAGCAGUGAAGGCAUAUUGUUGUCUGUUAGUCGUCGUCCCGAAAUAGUAAAAAAAAACAUUGACGAGCACAAGACUGCAAUGAUUGUGCUCUCAAGCUCAAAGAUCACUCUGAGAUCCAGAACCAUGUGCUGUGAAAUCUGUAUUAAAGUUGAAUAAGUCUAUCCACUGGGCACACACUGGUUGAAUCAACGUUGUUUACACGUCAUUUCAAUUAAAUUAUGUUGAUCCAACGUUGAUACAUUGAAUUGACGUCUGUGCCGACUGGGUAAUGUCAUCAGAGAAAAUUAUUAAUCAUUUUAUAUUUUCCCCUAAACUAAUGGAUAUUCAUGUAUCGUCAUAAAACAAUGCUGAAUUCUGACUAGAUGGUUACAAGGUGAGAGAUUGUAAACCCAACUACCUUGAUUAACCUGGGAUGGAUAGUUGUUCUGUAAUUUAUCUGUUUUAGUGUGAGCAAGCAACUGAGCAAGCCUACCAUGCCGUUUGUGGAAUUCAUAGCCGGAUGCAUCUCAGGAGCAGUAGGGUUGGCUUUUGGUCAUCCAAUGGACACAGUGAAGGUGCGUCUGCAGACCCAGGUUAAAUACAAGGGGAUUUUUGACUGUGUGGCUAGGACAUACACUCGUGAAGGGAUCCCUGGGUUCUUCAAGGGCAUGACAUUUCCUGUCCUGACUACUGGCAUCACCAACGCUGUGGUCUUUGGUUCCUAUAGCAAUGCUUUAGACUGCCUCACCCAGUCCCAACGGAAUGACCGAAUCCAAGGCAACCCUGCCUCGGCAUCAGCAGUCUUCGCAGCUGGCUGUUUCUCAGGUCUGGCACAGGUGGUGGUUACUGCGCCUGUUGACCUGGUGAAGGUACGCUUGCAGUCCCAGACCAAGGGCUGGGCUGGGGUUGGUGGUGACGGGUAUCGAGGUCCCAUUCACUGUGUGACUGUCAUCCUGAGGGAGGAGGGGCCAAGGGGAUUGUUUCGAGGGGGGUUGGCUCUUACCCUGAGAGAUGUACCCUGCUAUGGAAUCUACUUCUUGCCUUACGAAAUCACCUGCAGGUUUCUGACUGAAGAAGGCCAACGGACAGGUACAUUUGCAGUAGUGAUGGCGGGUGGGGUGGCAGGCGUGGUGACGUGGGCCUUUGCCACACCCAUGGAUGUGGUGAAAGCGCGGCUGCAGAUGUCCGGUGCUGGGGGCCGGGUGUACCAGGGGGUCCUGCACUGCAUGAGUGUGAGUCUGAAGGAGGAGGGGGUGAGAGUGUUCUUUAAGGGGCUCCUCCUGAACAGCCUGAGGGCCUUCCCUGUCAACGCCAUCACCUUCCUCAGCUAUGAGAGCCUGAUGCAGAUCCUCACCCGGCCGCCUGCAGACUGAUCAUCUCCUGGAUACUCUCCGGCCGGACCAAAUGAUGGAAAGAAUACCAACAUUGGAUGGGCAAACCACCAUUAUGUGAAAUGAACUGGUAUAUACAGUAUAGCUUAGCAUGCUAUACUCUGAAUUUUAUCCUCAAUGUGGGCACUUAGACAGGGCUCAUGAUGCUGUUUGAUACCAUCAGUAUUUUAUAUCAUGACACAACAAAACCUUGAAUAUGAAAACACCUGGAAACCAAAUGUUUAUGCCAAGACAUGGUGUAUUUAUGUACUGGUAUACUGUAUGAACUUCAUAGCCUUCAUUUAUAAUAACUUUGUAAUAAACAAAAUGUGAAGCAAA